UACAUCUAUGACACAACACCCCCCACCCCAAUGCCGUCUCUUCUCCACUUUAUCACCGGCUCCUCUUCUUCUUCUUCUUUUAUAUAUAUAUAUAUAGAUAUAUUUUUAAUUUGUUUUGGAUUUUUUUAGAUAUUCUAUUUUGAUCAACAACCAAUAGACACAACUGCCAUGGUCGGGGCAACUCAGCAACAACAACAGCAAUUGCAGCCGCAAGUAUCUCCUGAAGAAGAAGCCUUAAAGAGAAACACUGAUUGCGUUUACUUUCUUGCUUCUCCUUUAACCUGCAAAAAGGGUAGUGAAUGUGAGUAUCGCCAUAGUGAAUAUGCCCGAGUUAACCCCAGGGAUUGUUAUUUCUGGUUGCAUGGUAAUUGCUUGAAUCCCAAGUGCGGGUUUCGGCAUCCACCCCUUGAUGGUUUGUUAGGAACCCAAACAGCAGCCUCGACUGGAUCCACUUUCUCUUCGAUGCACCCAGCUGCAGCUCCUGCAACAGCUGCAGCACCUGCAACCCACACUUCUCACAAUCCAGGGAAACAAAUGGUUCCGUGCAUUUUCUUUCAAAAGGGGCUGUGCCUUAAAGGUGAUAGAUGUGCUUUUAUGCAUGGAUCAAAUCCUACAACUAAUAAAGCCCCACAGCAGCCAGCAAUUGCCCCUGCUACUGAACUUCCGUCAUCAAAGAAGGUUUUUGGUGUCCUUCAAAAUGGCACCCAGGAGCUGAAGGUUCCACUGAAAAAUGUCUUGAAGGCAGUUGUACUACCCGCUGAAGGUAAUAAGCCUGCUCCAAAAACUGAAAUUUCCUUACCUAGAAUCACUGCAAGAAUUGAAAGGGAUGCACCACCACCUUUGGCUAGUGGUGUUGAGUUUCCUCGAUAUAAAGCAAAAAAUGUAGCUCCUGUCAUCAGUGGUAACUCUUUGAGCCGUUCUAGUCGUUUGCAUCAGGCUCAUGCUUCAGAUGAUCAAGUUUUUCAGCAUGGGAAGGACACUGAGGAGUUUUUAAGGGAGACCUCUCCUGGGUUUGAUGUUCUUGUUGAUGAUGAGCUCAGAGGCUCUAAUUAUUACCAUAAUGAAGAGCAAUAUGGGAGAACAAGAGGUCAUGAAGGAAGGAACUUGAAUUCUGUAAAUGAAUAUGAGAUGGGUCACUCCAUGGAUUACAAUUCAAUGGCUGACAUUGACCGCAUACAGGGGCAGUAUGCUUGGGAACAAGGCACAGGUUCAUCAGACACAGUAUUAGUAGCUUCAUCUCAUCUAGAAAGGAGUUUCUCUAAGACUCAGAGCCCUGGUCAAAUUAAUGAAUCAGAUCUAAGAUAUCGUUUGUCAAAGCAUAGGAGGGUUAAUGGCUUAAGGUCAGUCGUCAGUCUUGAUUAUUCUCCUGAUGACCAGGUUGAAGAGCAAAGCCAUCAGAAUUCUUCUCGACGGGACUCACAGCAUUUAUCAACUUUUGAGAGCUCUCUUAGCAGUCGCCUCCAUGGUAGAAUAAAGCUUCCCAGGAGAUCUCCAGUCAGUGGCAAUGAUUUGCACUUAUCAAGGGAGAUGGACAGGGGAAGGAAUAGGGGUCUUGUGUCACCUGGUAAGCCUCAGGCUGCCCAUCAGGGGAGGCUCCGAGACAGAAUAAAAGAAAGGGUAGAAGUGGAUUACAACAACAUAGGAAGGAAUCUCAGGGGUCCCUGUAUGAGAAGAGAAAUAAUGGAUGACAUUAAUGCUGAUUUUGCUGGUCCCAAAAGUCUUGCAGAGCUAAAAACUGGGAAGAAUGCUGAGAUUAAGGAGCAGAAAUUUCUUGGAAAAAGAAAAAACUUAGAGAGUCAUCAAAAAUAUGAUGGUGAGCUUUCAUUUACAGGGCCAAUACCCCUAAGCGAGAUUCUGAAGGGAAAAAGAAAAGCUGAAGGUCCAGCUGCCAGUGAAAGAAUAUUAUCAAUCAUUGAGGAUAACAAUAAUCAGAAAGAGAGAAAGGAGAAUUUUGUUGGUAGCUCCUGUAAUACAGCAGUAGCAGGAGCAAAGCAAGAUGCUGUUUCCACUGUAUUUAAAGAAGCAGUCAAUAAUAGGGAAGAACUAAAAUCUUCAAAGGCUGAUGCUUUCGGAGAAACUGAAGGGAAAAAUGAAGCCAACCAUGAUGAGCCUUCCCAGUUAAAUAAUGGAAGUGAGCUUGAGCCAGAAGAAGGGAUGAUUGGGAGUGAUGAAACAGUGGAAGAUCAUGAGCUUGAAGGUGAUGAUCAGCAGGAUGGGGAGGAUGAAUAUGAGCAGCGUGAUGAAGAAUAUAAUUUUGAAGAAGGUGAUAAUGCAGAGGCAGGAGAAGAAUAUUUAGAUGAUGAAGAUGCAGAUGACUUUGCUAAGAAGAUAGGCAUUAUGUUCUCUUGAGGAACGAGGGAGCACAUUUCUGGUUUUUCCUAUGUUUUGUGGUCUUGGAGAACCCUUUAAGUUAAUUAGGUUGGUACUUGUUUGACUGGUUAAAUUUCAUAGAACUAGGGAUAUUAAGUUUUGUUGUAUGAAUUGAAACAUUUUCUGAUGUAUUUAUAACUGAUUGGAUAAGGAUCUUUCUUCAUAUUGAGGCAUUUUGCUGUAGCCAUAAUUCAUGGUGGUUGCUUGGUGCAUGACUGUAACAGUAGAAUGAUAAUAAGGAAAAUUCUUUAGUUUUUUACUUGGCAA